GAAUUGAACUUCGAUUCCGUCAGAAUUUAAGUUAACCCUUUUUGCUUUAAUUUUUUCAUCAAAGUUCGUGAUUUAGAUUUUUGCAUGAAAUAAAAAAAUUAUUUAUUUGUAAAUUUUACAGAAUAAAAUUUUCUUCAAUAUGGCAAAAUUCAUCGGUGUAAUGUUAUAGAUGUUUUUUGACGGCCAUGGCGAAACUAGUUUUCACUAUUUGGGCUCUGCUCUUGAACACCCUGGGAAUUUCGAUAUUUCAAACUUGUUUCGCUAAUUCAAUGGAAGACGAAGAUGGUGAACCUUUAUUAUCCGGACCUCCGGUAACGUCGUUCUUAUUUGCGACUGGAUUUUAUACGGUCAUUAUAAAGUUUGACCUUUUCCCCCAGUCGUUCAGAAAACCAAAAUCUAUGGUGCUCUCGUUAUACGAGGUAAAAAAAAAACAUCGCCUUCACCCGUUUUUCAUCUAUAAUUAGUUUUUAAAUAUUUCAGUUUUUGGUCACUGCCUUUCUGCUGGAAUUUGCAGUCGCCUGCAUAUGGACUCCAAUCGACGUCCUCAUCCUCACGACGAUACCAAGAACGAUAUCAAAAGUGAUUGAAUAAAUUCACUAAAGUUUAUCGAACUAAUGAAUUUUUUCUCUUACCGAAACCCUUUCCAGAUUCUUUGUCUGGUGGGGUCAACCGAUUGGGCGGAUAUGAUCGUUGAUGAUAAAUUUCCCAUGGCGAUUUUGAGCUACGUAAUUGCCACAUCUUUCUUAUUACUAGCUCUUCACGUAACAAGAUCUGUAGACUUUGCUAUACUGACGGAAUGCGGAUCAUCCGAAUUUCUCGACCACGUUAAAAGCCAGUUAUUAUCUAGAAUACAGAGCGAAUUACCAAGCAAAAGAUUGAAAUGUAACAGAAAGGGUUGCAGAUGUAGAAGUAAUUGCGUUCGUUGCAGAAGUCGCGACAAACGAUAAACUUUCCAUUUCAUCUGCACAUUUCUAUUAUAAUAUGCACUGUAUAGUUUCGCCCCCUCCUGUAACUUUCUUUUUUGUAUGAAUAAAUGUACGUAUAAUUGUAAGAACCAUAGUAGGUAAAACUUAUUCGUCUUCAUUCAGAUAUUAUCAUUUUAUACUAGAAAAAA